AUGCGGCGUCCAGAGAUAUACCGCCUGCCUUCGAGGGAACAAUUAUCAUUCCAACACACACUGGCACUCAACCUCUGGCCUGUACUCUCUACCAAGAUGGCACCCCUCCCAGCGGAUAAUCAGACCAUCGACCAAGAGUCUACGUCCAAAGAUGGAGGCAAAUCCUGGACCACCGCAACCAUAGUCGUAGGAGCAGUCUUCCUCUUCCUCCUCCUCGCCUUCAUCGCCACCAUGAUCGUCUUCUACAUCCACAAACGCAAACUCCGCAGCAAGCUCCCCGCGGAGCACCGUCCGCGAUCCUACCACCCCUUCCGCACAGAAACAACAGACAAAUCCAGCCUCCUCGCAGGCGCCCAGACCCCCGACGAGGAACACUCCAGCAUGUACAGCCGCGAACGAAGCAGCGUAUCCGUCUACGUCGACGCCGAACCCCCCGUUGGCAAACGAGUGAGCAGCCAAAGCAUGGAGACUGUCAGCUUGAUACCGCUGCACGUUACGCCGGCGGGGAGGCAAGAGUCGUUGGCGGGGGAGAUCAGCAAUGGGAGUGGCGUGAGUGCGUUGAGCAGCAGCAGCAGGUACUCGAGGGGGAGCCUCAGUUUGAGCCCGAUGAGCCCGGUUCACCAGGAGGACGGGGAUCUGGGGACUCGGCCGAAUAGGCUGAGGAGUACGAGCACGAGCAGUGUGAGGUAUUAUUCGGGCUUGCCUGAUAACAAUACUUGGAAGACGUCGAAUACGCCGGAUAUCAACGCUGCGUCGCAACAACCGCCGGAGAUACCGAAGAUUGUGCACACGUUUUCUGACUAG